CGUCCGCCGCCGCCCGGGCUAUAGUGUGUGUGACGUGCGGGUAGGUGGGGAAGAAGGUGAGGCGGAAUGGGGGAAGAAGAACGCGAGAUCGGGAGUGGGGGCGUGCGGCACAGUUUGUCAAGGCCCGAACGAGGAUGUUGGAUAACGUGGCGACACAUAAUGCUUCGAAAGUCGUGCAAAAUGAUCCAACCAUAAAUGAGACGUUUGGGCGGGAUGCUAGACACCACACGUGUGGGCGUUAUCAUUUGGGUUACCUAAUUAAUAAAAAGAAUGAAACGUGCUAAUAUGUCCAGCAAUAAGUAGGACUGGUCCGACGGCUAGCAAUGGACACGUGCAUGGAGAGCCCCGACAAAGGUGGGCCGGGCUGGGCUCUUUAACGCCCCACAAGAUCAAAGUCUUGUUGUCUCUUGACCGACUCCCGAAUCCGGAGCACACACACACAGCUCAGCGAAGACCUCCCGAACUGUACGGCGGCGGCGGCGGCGGCGGCCGAGGCGGCCGAGCGACAGUGGCCGGCAUUGGUCGCCGGAACUUCGAGGCUAAGCGACGGCUGUGUUGUGUCUCGUGAAGACGGCGGCUUGGCCCAGCGACUCUCGGCAAGCCUGAGGCAUUUUCAACAUGGAACCAAGUUCUAACAUGCCGGAAGAGCAGAUGCCGCCAGAUUUAACUGAUGUCUGGGUGGAUUGGUGUGGGAAUGGAUUUUCUGUUACCAUACCACCAGAUGCUAGCAUUGGGGCUUUGAAGCGGCGUGUCAACGACGUCCGGGGACUGCCUAUCAAGAGACAGAGGCAUAAAGCAAGUGUCGUGAACAGACCUGUGGAUAAGCCGGAAUACGUGACCAAUGUUGAGUUGCAAGAUGAUGAUCGUCUUAUUUCUUCGUUGACCCAGCCCCCUGCCACUCAUCUUAUCGGGUUGAACGAGGUGGACAAUGAGCUCUACAAGCAGGAGUAUAAUAAAGUUGAUGGAAAGCGUACUUGCAUUGUGACUGAAGUUAGGAAGAAGAAUUACCUUACUGAUUCCGAUGACAAAAAGACUGAGUGGGUAAAAGGAAAAUAUACUGUAGGAAUGAUGACCACUGAUUGUCUUGUGAGAAGGUAUGAACCAGGUCAUAAAUCAGAAAUCCUUUGUUCGCUCCGCCUGAUGAAUAAAUGGAGACAUCCUAACGUGGUAACGCUGGAGAACAUGUAUGAGAGACGUCCAAACUGUUAUCUUGUGGUAUCCAGUUCAUUCGAUGAAACAUUUGCUGGAUGGCUCAGACAAAAUCAGCCACUAAAUGAGGAUGGAACAUUUAGCCCCGUUUUCAACGGACUUAUGUUGGACCUACUUGCCGUCAUGGACAAGUUGGUUCAACGCCGGAUCCGGCCGAAAAGCCUCACAACAAAUAAUCUGUAUGUGAAGAUGCUGAACGAUCAACCACAGCUUAAAGUACUCAUUGACAAAGCUGAGAGCUUGAAUACCAAGAAAGAUAUGUUGUUAUGUGCAGAAAUAAAGAAUAUUAUGAUAUCUAUUGGUUCCCUCAAAAUGCACAGAGAGACCAAAGCUUUCUGUGAUUUUAUUGGGGAGCAUGGCCACAACUACAUUGGCACAAAUUUGGCAAAAGUCGCCAAAUCUUAUCCAAUUCAGUGGAGUGAUGAGGAUAAGAGCAAGUAUCUGAUUGGGAUAAUGUCUUCUAACCGACAACUUAAUCAGCUCAUCAACAAGCAUAGUGGAAUAAGCUGGCCCAAAAACAAGUCUGGAGAUGACAUUUGUGAGGAGCUCCAAAAACUAAGAGCAAUGUUUGAAGAAGCGAACCAGUGGAAAGCCAAAGAGAAGGCGUGGCUGGAACAGAAAGGAGAACAAGAAAAGGCGGACAGGAUCAGGUAUUACGUGUGGAACUAUGAUACGAGGUAUCCAAAUGACCUGGUCAAGCUCGUGAGGAACCUGUGGAAGCACUACGCCACGUACCCUGAUUACAUUAAGCGUCACCUUGGUGGUAGCCAAAAUGCCAUUUUAGGCAAGUUCGAGACCUGGUGCCCUGAUGUCUGGAUACUGAUCUACAAUGUCGUGGGCCUACCAUGAAGCAAAGGCGACUGGUGGGAGCUGGUGGUGGUGGAGACUGAAACCAAGGAGGCUGGAAGCAAUGUUUUUUGGAAUUCAGUAGCAUGGAACUGACGAGAGCAUUGAAUAUCUUUUGACGGUGCAAAACACUGAUUCGUAAACUGCGCUAGCGGGAGGCGUAAGGAACCAAACGAAAGAUUUGGCGGUGCAAAACACUGAUUUUUUGUAAGAAAAAAACUGCGCUGGAAGUGUGAUUUUUUGGAUGGGCGCGCUGGAAGUGUGCGUAUGAGACCAAAAGAAAGAUUUGGCUGAAUACCGCGCCAGCCUAGCUGGGAGUGUUUGAGACCAAAUGCCAGAUUUGGCAGCCGGCCGGGUUCUGUAACCAAAUGCUACGAGUAGGAACCAAAAACAUGGAUUUGGUCUUGCUUUAUUCUGUUCUUGUACUAGUGUAUUGUGAGGUUAAUUUGGCUGUCA